CCCCUGCAACACACCCUCUUCACGCCUCAAUCGCCGGAUAGCAGGGAAAUCCUGGCAGUGUUAUCUGUCUGCCACAACUUGUGAAUUAGCCUACCAUGCAUCGUUCCUCGUUUGCCCCGCCGCCUGCGCACUCUCCUCCGCUCCAUCAUCCCGUUCCGCAGCAUGUCUCGACGGUGCCUAUGAUGCGUUCACCACCUCCACCGGCGCCCCAGCAGCCUCAGAGCGCGAGCUAUGGCAACCCGUACCAGCCAGCUCCUGCCCAGGGUGGUAGUGGAACGUAUGCCCCGGGAUUCGGGGGGUUCAUCAACGACCCGACAGCGCAGAUGGGCUUCCAGGUGGGAAAGACGGCGAUGAUGGCUGGACAAGAAUACGUGGAACAGAAUUUCAACCGCUACGUUUCCAUUUCGGCCCUGAAGCACUACUUCAACGUUUCCAACUCCUACGUCCUGAGCAAGCUUGCUCUCGUGCUCUUCCCCUGGAGGCACAAACCAUGGUCUCGCCAGCAGACUCGUCUCACAUCCACAUCUACAGGACCAGACGGUCAAAUAUCACAGCAGCAAUACUCGUUGAUGUUCCUGCCUCCUCGGGAUGACCUGAACUCUCCGGACAUGUAUAUCCCCGUCAUGGCGUUGGUGACGUACAUUCUUCUCUCGGCGAUGCUAGCGGGGUUCCGUGGUGAAUUCCACCCGGAGCUGCUGGGGUCGAUAACAACGACGGCUAUUGCGGUGAUUGUCUUCGAGAUCAUUUGCUUGAAGCUGGCGAUGUACAUUCUCAGUAUCAACAACGAUUCCCAACUGCUAGAUCUUGUCGCGUAUUCUGGAUACAAGUUUGUCGGCAUCAUCGUCACCCUGGUGGCUUCUGAAGUCUUGACUCCGGGCAGGGGAACGGGCGGCUGGGUUGGAUGGACCAUGUUCGCCUAUACUUUCCUGGCCAAUGCUUUCUUUUUGCUUCGUUCCUUGAAAUACGUCCUUCUCCCCGACUCGACCAGCGACGCUUCUAUGCGCGCCGGGUCGAUGCAUACCGUCGCCCGCUCUCAACGCAACCGCCGCACCCAGUUCCUGUUCCUUUACGCCUACAUCAUCCAGUUCAUCUUCAUGUGGGUUCUCAGCCGCGAAGGGCCGUCCGGCUUGGCUUCGAAAACCGGCGGAGCCGCGUCCCUGUAAGGGGUAGCCUAUGGGCGAAGUGACAAUCGGCUUCCAUCUAACGAUAGAUCUUUCUCUUAUCUUAACGACAACAACAACAUGGCAUAAUGGCGAUGGCUUCCUUCGGGCCACACGGCCCGGGCUAGAACAUUCGUGGAGGGGAUAGCGUUGGUAGUCAGUGGCUAGAGCAGCCUCUGUCCAGCUGGUCUUGCAUAGUCAAUGUUGAAAAUACCACUGCUUCAGAUACCCGAAUAUUAAUCACCACAUCUCUUUACUAUGAAGAGACGGUAAUACUAAGCUGGGUUUUCUCCCGGGGGGCAGUUUAUUUAUAUGAAGAUCAAGUACACUACUAGAUUACUACAAGUAUUUUUAAGAAAGUAUUGAGAUAUUUAUAUUCAUAUUCAACAUAAUGGAGCUAUAACUAUAUCUGUUUAACAUUA